AUGGGGGGUCAAACUCGCAUGAACUUCUGGACAUCGCAGAGCUCUGGGAAUCAAGGCGUUCAAACUCUAGAAGGCAUUCAGCGAUGCAACUUAUCAGACGAGUUAACGGUAUUCGGCCACAACGUCCGGAACGAUUCACAAAUCCUCGGAGAAGGCUCUUCACUGAGGAUGGGGAAAGGGGUUUCGAGUGAGGCCGAGGCACCUGCCGGAAAAGAUCAAGUCGAGGACUCUUGGCUACGGCGAUUGUUAGCCAUCUCUUCUGCGGACAUCAUGAUGCAGCCCACACCGUCGCCGCCUUACGAGCCGCAGCCCAUCGUUGCUCUGCCGGUGACCCGCGAGUCCGCUCCAUUCCACCGCGCCUCUGCUCACCCGACGCCGCUACCGCCCCACAGCUCCGUCCGCGACGCCCACGCCAGAUCCGGCGUCCGCAAGAGCCCUCGCCGGAACCCGGAAGCGCGAGCUUCGCCCGCGGCGCCCCGCCUCUGUUCUGACGACCUGACGCCGCCCCCGCUGCUCAAGCCGUCGCUCCACCACACCUCCAUCGUCCCGACGACCCGCGAACAAGAAGGAGAGCCCCGUCGAGUAGCAGAUGAUACGGGCGCGUCUGAUUCAUCCGCUGCUUCGGCAGGAAGUGACUGCUACGACGUGUUCUUGAGCUUUAGCGGCAAGGAUACUCGCAAAACCUUUGUGGAUCACCUCCACAACAAGCUCAUGGAUGCUGGAAUCCGUGUGUUUAAAGACGACAAUGAGCUUCGCGAAGGUGAAAAGAUCGGGACCAAUCUUAUUUUGGCCAUUAAUAACAGUAAGAUCUCGAUCCCGAUUCUCUCUAAGAAUUACGCUUCAAGCAAAUGGUGCCUUCAAGAGCUCGUUGAGAUGACAAAGUGCAUGAAGAGUGGGCACAUUGUCUUGCCCAUAUUUUACCGGGUUGAACCGGCCCAUGUGCGAUACCAAAUAGGAAGCUUUGGAAAGACUUUCUCCCGUUUAAGUAGGAAGUAUUUGGAAGAAGAUGUUGCGAAGUGGAAACAAGCACUCCAAGAAGUGGCUUCUCUAAAGGGGUGGGAAUCAGACAGAUUUGCUAGCGGCUACGAAGGAGAAUUGGUAAAAGAAGUCGUAGGAAAAGUUUUGAGGGAGUUAAAGAAGGCCUUUCAGCUGGUUGUUACUGAACAACUUGUUGGAAUUGAUAAAGCUGUGAAUGAUAUUUUGAAAUUGCUGGAUGAUAAACCCGGUGCCACGCAAAUUGUUGGCAUUCAUGGAAUGGGGGGUAUUGGUAAGACGACUUUAGCCAAGGUCGUCUACAAUAAGCUCUCUGACAAAUUUCAGCAUCGUAGUUUCAUUCCAGAUAUUUGAGAAUCCUCGCGGCGCAAGGGUAUUUCAUGUUUGCAAGAUCAAUUAAUCUUUGAUAUACUGAAAACGAACAAUCUAGUGUCUAGUCUAGAUGAAGGAAUUAGGAUUAUGGAAUCUAGAUUUAAAGGCAAGAAAGUCCUAAUUCUUUUGGAUGAUGUGAAUCAUAAGGAUCAACUCAAAGCUUUGGUUG